AUGCGUGCUUCCAUUAUAUUUCUGCUCCAAUUUAUAGGUACCGAUAACGAAGCCUGGAAAAUACUGGCCCCCGAAAUAAAUUCGCUUUGCGACUUUCACGAUUUUAGAACUUACGCAUACCUGCUGUAUUAUCACCCCUAUUCCGAGGAGGAAGAAUCUGCACAAAUUGACGAACUAGAACUACUAGUUCAGGAUUUUGAAAGCAAGUACAUCGAGCUUGCCCAGCCAAUUCUAAAGUUUUUCGACGGAUACUGGCGCUCUCGCAUGCUGGAUUAUGAUACCAUUAAUACGAAGCCACAUACUCGAGAUGAACUCGAGAAUAUUCGAGAACUUGGUGUUAGAAUUUGA